AUGGCAUACGAGAAAGCCCGGGCCUACGCAAUUAGUCAUGUGGGCCAGAUCAUCCCUCUUGAUAAGGAAACAUGCGAGGAGUUGGUCAACUACACACUAACCCUACCAGAUUACGAGAUGGAGACCCAUCUUUUGGACCUACUAGGCCCUAGCGAUGAAACCUUCAAGUUGAUUUCGAAGUUCAUGGAUCUCAAAAGGACAGAGGAUGAGCUCUCGAAAAUGCAAACUGAGAAGCAGACAAGCAAGGCUGCGGCAAAGAGAGGAUCCUCUGAGCCUAUUCCUAAAAAGAGCAAUGCUCCAGCAUGGAGCAACAGCGAGCCCAUAUCUUCCAAGGCUCCGAAAACGAGGCUCCUGAAGAACAAGAUUGCAGUGACGACAUCGCAACUUGCAGACAUGAAACCUUCGAACAAACUCACGAACAGCCAGGCUAAGAAAGCCAAAAAGAAAAACCUUGAUAGUUUGGCCGAUAUUGAGGCAGCAAUCAAUGACUUGGAGGUGGAAAACGCAAAGUCUUCUUUCCAUCUUGACAGUGACUCCAGGCGCGUGUGUGAUUGUAUGGCGACAAGACACCCGCUCUUCGAGGUGGCGCCCAACUGUCUUAAUUGCGGCAAAAUCAUAUGCUCAAAGGAAGGGCUUCAGCCUUGCUCCUCGUGCGGCAGAGAACUACUUUCAGAGACCGAAAAGCGUGAAAUCAUCAAGAUUCUUCGCUCUGAGAAAGACCUCAUGGAGCUGAAGAGUGCCGAGCCAUCGAACAAGGCCGUGCAAAACCAGCCUUCGAAGUUGGCACCAAAGAAAAUCAAGUACGGAACUACCCCGGGUGGGAACUUGUGGAAGGCACAGGACGCUGCGUUGAAGCAACUAGAGGAAGAUGCAAAGAAACAGCGAGAGCUCGAGGCCAAGGAAGAGAAAGAGAGAGCCGAAGUCGAGGAGCAGGAAAAGGAGCUUCAGCACUACCAGAUGUCCAAGAACAAGAACCCUGAGCUUAUGAAGGCGCAGGAACGGUUGGAGACGUUGCUUCACUUCCAGGAAACCGGCGCUGAGAGGUCCAAGAUCAUAGAUAAUGCUUCUGAUUUCGAGAUGCCAGGUGUAUCGAGUGGCAGCAUGUGGUUGUCGCCGGUGGAACGGGCGUUGCAGUUGAAGAAGCAACAGAAACAGCUCAGAAAGAGCCAGUCCAAGGAGAAAGCCCGCACGGGCCGCACCAAAAAGGUGGUGGAGAUGGUGAUCAGAGACGGCAAGGUGAAAAUGGUGGAGAAACAAGUCAUUGAUGACGAGGCCAGUGUUGCCGAGGAGGACGAGAUCAAUACGCUCGAGCAAACCAUCAAUCUGGACAAGCUUCUGCACGAGGCUGUGCUUUCGAAAAACACAUGGGAUCCCAAAAAGGACCAGGAGCAAUGGGAGAAACCCGUGUACAUACCACAGAAGGUCAUUUCAGAGUCCGAUCUUACACCAGACUCUCCUGCUCGGGAGAGAGUACAGCAAAAUAAGUUGGACAAUGCCGAACUCGUGGCCGCCAUGUAUUCAUGA